AUGGCCUUGGUGUGUCUGACAGACUUUGAGGCACAAGCACGACAGCGGCUGUCUAAGUCAACUUGGGAUUUUAUUGAAGGAGGCGCUGACGAAGGCAUCACACGGGUCGAAAAUGUCACAGCAUUUAAAAAGAUCCGCCUCCGUCCCCGGUACCUGAGAGAUGUGUCCAAGGUGGAUACCAGGACCACAAUCCAGGGGGAGGAGAUCAGUGCCCCCAUUUGCAUCUCACCCACAUCUUUCCACUGCCUUGCCUGGCCUGAUGGAGAAAUGAGCACAGCCAGAGCUGCCCAAGCAACUGGCAUCUGCUACGUCACCAGCACAUAUGCCAGUUGUAGCCUAGAAAAUAUUGUUGCUGCUGCUCCCAGAGGCCUCAGAUGGUUCCAACUCUAUGUGCAGACAGACCAGCAGCUAAACAAACAGCUGAUCCAGAGGGCAGAAUCCCUGGGCUUCAAAGCUUUGGUAAUCACCGUAGAUGUACCCAUGCAUGGCAACAGGCGACAAGACAUUCGAAACCAACUGGACUUGAAGGGGAACUUAAUGCUAAAGGAUCUUCAGUCGCCUAAGGAGGGAAAUUCAAUACCUUAUUGCCAGAUGUCCUUCAUUAGCUCAUCUCUCUGCUGGGAUAAUCUCUCCUGGCUUCAGAGCAUAACUCGACUGCCCAUCAUCCUAAAAGGGAUUUUGACAAAAGAGGAUGCAGAGUUAGCCGUGAAGCACAAUGUCCACGGCAUCAUUGUUUCCAAUCAUGGUGGGAGGCAGCUCGAUGAGGUUCCCGCUUCAAUUGAUGCUCUGACAGAAGUGGCAACUGCUGUCAAAGGGAAAAUUGAAGUGUACCUGGAUGGUGGGGUCCGAACUGGCAAUGAUGUGCUAAAGGCCCUGGCCCUCGGAGCUAAGUGCAUAUUUCUUGGGAGACCAAUCCUAUGGGGUCUCGCCUGCAAGGGUGAACACGGUGUUGAGGAAGUUUUGAACAUUUUAAAAAAUGAGUUCCACACUUCCAUGGCCCUUACAGGCUGCCGGUCAGUCGCUGAGAUCAAUCGGGACCUGAUCCAGUUCCCCAGGUUGUAA